AUGUUAAAGAAAUUACUAGAUCAUCGUUUGAUAUUUUUAACAUCCGGUAUCAAACGUUCAGUAAUUAUUUCAUCAGAUUUUGAUUUGUGUACUCAGAUGAAAUUGUUGAACGAUAAGAAAAAAUUCAAAGAAGCAAUUGAAUUAUUUGAUAAAUAUAAAGAAAAUAAUACGAAAACUCUUUCCAGCUAUACUAUUACUCAAGCUUUAAAAGCAUGUGCUCAAAUUAGAGAUCUUCAACGUGGUUCAACUAUUCAUCAAUGCAUUUCGUCAGAUAUGAAAGAUAAUGCUUAUAUAUUAGUAUCAUUAAUUCAUCUUUAUAUGCAAUGUGGUGAGGUCACACGUGCUCAAUUAUUAUUUGAUACAGUAUCAAACAAGAGUCUACAUACGUAUGGAGCAAUGAUGAAAGGUUAUAUUCAAAAUAACACGGCAAAUAAAGCGAUUGAUUUAUUCAAAGAAAUAAAAAAUCCUGAUGAAGUUAUUAUUAUUAUUUUAUUUGAUGCUUGUGCUCAAUUAGGAACUAAUGAAGUAUUAAAUUUAAUAAAACAGGUAUCAUUAAAAAUUCCAAAAUCAUUUCAUACAAAUCUUCGCCUUUUAACUGCUCAAUUGGAUGCAUUGAUGGAAUGUGGUGAUGUCAAAUAUGCUCAAGAAUUGUUUGAUACAUCACCAACGAAAAUAUUAUCAAUGUACGGAGCAAUGAUGAAAGGUUAUAUUAAAAACAACAUGGUAAAUAAAGCGAUUGAUUUAUUCAAAGAAAUAAAAAGUCCCGAUGAAAUUACUAUUAAUCUGUUAUUUACUGCCUGUGCUGAAUUGGGAACUAAUGAAGCAUUAUAUUUAACAAAAACCGUAUCAUCACAGAUGUUGAAAGAUUUUUAUUCAAAUUUACGUCUUUUGACUUCACUUUUGGAUGCAUUGAUGCAAUGUGGUGAUGUAACACAUGCUGAAGCAUUAUUCAAUCGGUCUAUAAAGAAAAUCUCACCCAUAUAUGGAGUAAUGAUGAAAGGGUAUAUUCAAAAUAACAUGGCAAAUAAAGCGAUUGAUUUAUUCAACGAAAUUGAAGAGCCUGAUGAUGUUAAUUUUAUUAUGUUAUUUAAUGCUUGUGCUCAAUUAGGAACUAAUGAAGCAUUAAAUUUAAUAAAAAAAGUCUUAUUAAAAAUUCCAAAAGAUUUUUAUUUAAAUUUUCAUCUUUUAACUUCAUUACUAGAUGCAUUGAUUAAAUGUGAAGAUUUUUCAACUGCAGAAAUUCUUUUUUCAAAAAUGAAAAAAACUGUGAUUAGUUAUGGAAAUUUAAUGAGUGGAUAUCUUAAAACGGAUAAUCCUGAAAAAGUGUUAGAUUUAUUUGAUCGAAUGAAAACUGAUAAUAUUGAGCCAGAUUUUAUUAUUUAUCUUUGUCUAAUUAAAGCUUUAUCUUAUAUUGGUGAUUAUUCAUUAUCUCAAUUGACUACUCAACAAAUUCCAAAGUCUUUUCUUCUUAAUGAUCGAAUUCAAAAUACAUUAAUCGAUAUGUGGGGUAAAAUUGGUUGUGUACAUCGUGCAAAAGAAAUUUUUGAAAAUAUUCAUCAACCAGAUAAGAUCGGAUACUCUACGAUGAUUAAUUCUUAUGGUUUAAAUGGAAUGGGUAAACAAGCAGUUGAACUCUAUCUUAAAAUGCCACAAGAAUUUAUGAAUGAAGCUAAUCAUGUUUGUGUUCUAAAUGCAUGCUCACAUUCCGGACUUGUUCAUGAAGCUCGUUUAAUCUUUAAAAAUAUUCAAAUAAAAACUGUCAAAAUCUAUACAACUAUGGUUGAUUGCCUUAGUCGUGCAUCAUUUUUUGAAGAAGCACAACAUUUGGUUGAUGAAUUUGAACGUGAUCAUCCACCAUCAUUACCUAUGUAUACGGCAUUGCUAUCAGGUGCGCGAAAUGAAAAAAAUAGUUAUUUAUCUCAAAAUGUUUUUGAUCGUAUGAACAAACUUUUUCCUGAAUCAACAAAUUCACUAACAUCAGCUUCAAUUCUUCUCGCCAAUGUUUAUGCAUCAUCAGGUGAUAUUGAAAAGGCAGCAAAUAUUAGAAGUCAAUUACAUAAAACACGUGCUAAGAAAAAAAUUGGUCUCUCAUGGACAGUAGUUAAUGGAAAACUCUUUCUCUUUCGAGCUCACGAACAAACACAUCCUCGAUCAAGUGAAAUCUAUGCUGAAAUUGAGAAGAUAUCAAAAGAACUUCUUGAACAUGGUCAUGAAUAUGAUGGAAGUUGGAUUACACGACCAUUGAAUCAAGAUGAAACUAUAGCAUCAGUACUUUGUGGACAUAGUGAAAAACUUGCAAUUGCAUGGAAUUUUGUUGAAAAUCCCAAUGUGUCAAGAAUUCAAGUGACGAAAAAUCUUCGUGUAUGUGGUGAUUGCCAUCGGGCAACAAAAUUAAUAGCUGCCAUUCGUCAAUGUGAAAUAAUUGUUCGUGAUGCAAAUCGAAUACAUCACUUCUAUACAAAUGGACAAUGUUCUUGUAAUGAUUAUUUCUAA